UCCAAAUCAAACAACCCCCCCCUCCCCACCCGCCCCCAUAACAAGAAGUAUAUGGUUGAGGGGCUUCAUGCUUAUAUAUUCGGGCCCGCCCCGAAGUUGGGAAGUCAAACAUAAUUUCAACAGUAAUUAUGUCAAAAUCUGGAACAUUUGAUUUGGCUUAUGGGGUUGGUGGCAAGAUUGAGAAGAAGCAAGUACUUUCAGCUGUUCAAAAGUACAAAAAAUAUCAUGCAUGUGAUGGAGAAGCAGAGGAAGAAAGGAAAGCUAACUACAUUGAUAUGGUUAACAAAUAUUAUGAUCUAGCAACAAGCUUUUAUGAGUAUGGUUGGGGUGAAUCUUUCCAUUUUGCUCCAAGAUGGAAAGAAGAAUCACUUCGAGAAAGUAUCAAACGGCACGAGCACUUUCUUGCUUUGCAAUUAGGGGUAAAGCAAGGACAAAAGGUUUUAGAUGUUGGAUGUGGAAUUGGUGGCCCCUUAAGAGAAAUUGCCAGAUUUAGUGGUACAUAUGUUACUGGAAUCAACAACAAUGAAUAUCAAGUAACACGAGGAAAAGAACUAAACCGUAUUGCAGGAGUUGACAACACCUGCAAUUAUGUGAAGGCCGACUUCAUGAGUAUGCCAUUUGCUGACAACAGUUUUGAUGGAAUUUUUGCCAUAGAAGCUACAUGUCAUGCCCCAAAUGUGUUUGAUUGCUACAAGGAAAUAUUCAGAGUGUUGAAGCCUGGCCAAUAUUUUGCUAAUUAUGAGUGGUGUAUCACUGAUCUCUUUGAUCCUAAUAAUUCAAAUCACCAGAGAAUCAAGCGUGAGGUGGAGCUUGGUAAUGGACUUCCUGAUAUCAGAUCAAUGGGACAGUGCAUUGAAGCUCUGAAACAUGCGGGUUUUGAGAUUAUUCGGGACAAGGAUAUUGCUAUCGACUCUCCUCUCCCUUGGUAUUUGCCUCUGGAUAAAAGUCAUUUCUCCUUAAGUAAUGUACGUGUGACAGCAUUUGGACGCUUUUUCACCAGAAACAUGGUCAAAAUAUUAGAGCGAGUCGGCGUCGCCCCUGAGGGAAGCCAAAAGGUUCAAGCUAUCCUGGAGCAAGCGGCAGAUGCACUUGUUGAAGGUGGAAAGGAGGGCAUUUUUACCCCGAUGUAUUUCUUCUUGGCGAGAAAGCCUUCUGCCACUGAUCUAUAAGCUUAAUUCUUCCUCAAUAUGGGUUACAGAUAAUGUCCAGUUAGUUGGUAUGUUCUUUAGUGUCUGGAGACUGGCUAGCUUCUAGAUUUUGCCUUUUCUUUUCUUUUCCGUUUUCCGAGUUGGUUAUCCUUAUUUUUUUGGACGACGAUUUUGGCAAAACAAAGUGAAGAUCGUUAAUGCAUGGUAAACAACCUCAUAAUAACUAGAGUAUGCAGAAAUAUUAUAUACCAAAGACGAUAAAGGUGAUGUUUUCAAUUUGUUUACACGUA